AUGGCGCCCUGGCUGAGACGCCGACAGAUCCGAGGCACCGAGCAUUUGUCGCAGGCCAAGGAUGAGGGAAUCCUGGAGGAUUUCCUGAAACUUCGUGCAGGCUCGUUGCUUGCCACAAUGCAUACCUUGUUCGGCUCGAUCACAGGAGGCUUCACCUGGAUCGAAGCACGGGACGCCUUCGAUGAGAUCUCCAUCAUCUACGGUUUCCUCUUCGAGGUCUACAUUGCUUUCUGUAACUUCGCGGUUCUCAAUGUGAUGACUGGAGUAUUUUGUCAGAGUGCCAUUGAAAGUGCAGAGAAGGAUCACGAGCUGAAUCUGGAAUCCGUCCAGAGCGAGAAAGAGAAGUAUUUCCGCGCCGUGCGGCGGCUUUUCACCCAGCUGGAUGAGAACUCGGACGGAGGUAUCACCAAGAAGGAGUUCGAACGCGCCUGGAGCGAUCCUGUGCUUCAAACUGUCUUUGAUGCCUUGGAGAUCAGCAGUACGGAUGCCUGGGAUCUCUUUCGACAGCUGGACCGUGACGGUAGCGGCGAGGUGGAUGUGGACGAGUUUCUGGAAGGCUGCAUGAUGAUCAAGGGCCCUGCUCGGUCCAUUGAUGUGGUGUGCAUCAAAAAGGCAACGGCCAUUGCGACACUGCUCGCGUUUCACAAUGACGGACGAGACGACAAGCAUCAGACGCCCAUGCGGCGAGUCGUUGAACGCCGCCGCCGACGUUUUGAUAAAACCGCGGUGUCUCGGAAAAGUUCUUUGGGCUCCCAGAACUUGUUAUUUUCUGCGAUUGCUGCCACCGAUCUGCGAUGUGUUUUUUGUUGGGGGGACAAAGCGGUGGAGGUAGAUUCGCAGAUUGCCGUGCCAUCAAAUCUGCGCGCUGCAGCCGAAGUUGCCCGACCUGUUCGAGGCAACAGAUGUCAGGAGACCAUUCGGCGAAGUGUUGCUGGGCACCCGGAUUGGCUGCCGGUGCUGCUGGAUGAACAGGGGCAGCAGGAGCCGUUCCUCUUGGAUGACUUACCUGGCAAACAAGCGGCGCAGAAGGGGCGCAACAACAAGAAGCAGAUCUUGGCUCCUGGGGCCCUCCGGCCCGGCUCGCAGGUUCCUGGCCUGUCGGACCUUUUGGAAGGAGCCCGUGUGGGUGUUGCAGGCAAGAAGAAUGCCAAUGCCAAGACCUUGCAAGGUGCCGCCAAGAGCAAGAACACCAACAAGAACAAGCAGCCGAAGGGGCCGGAUGUGGUGCCGCAUCCGAUGGUGGCAGCAUUUCCCCAGAUGCAGAUGCAAUGGUUGCAGGCGAUGGCCACAGGCUGCGGUGUACCCAUGCCUAUGAUGGCUCCGGGAGGCUUGCCAAUGCAAGGCUUCAUGCAGCCAGCCAUGUACGAUGGGGUGGACAGCAAUGUGUUGAUGGGCAUGAAUAUGAUGCCCUUUCCGGGUGGUGUUGAUAUGAGCCAGUACAUGAACAUUGCUGCCUUUGGACAAAGCUAUCCCUACGGCAACGGUGAUGCCUUCGAGCAGUUUGGGGACAUCAGGGGCAACGAAAAUGCGGAGGAUGAGGAAGGAGACGUGGAAGAAGAGGAUGAUCCGGCCAUGACUCCUUCGUACAUUGUGAGCGGUCAGCCCUUGGGCUAG